AUGAAGAUGAUCGACGCUGCUAGAGGAGGAGCGCUUGUCAAUAUGACCCCUCAAAGGGCAAGAGAGCUAAUAUCCACCAUGGUGGCAAAUUCUCAACAAUAUCGGCCAAAUUCGAAACCGACAAGACGGGUUAAUGGGGUAAACGUUUCAUCUUUAGAAGAUAAAUUGGAUAAGCUUACGAAUGUUGUUCAAUCUUUGCUUACAGAAAAGAAGGGUCUAACCCAACUAUGUGGAAUUUGUACUACGUCUGAACACCCGACGGAUUUGUGCCCAAUCCUUAACGACAAUUCAACGGCACAUGUUGAUGCUAUCGGAGGUUUUCCAGGACCUCCGCAAAGACACUAUGAUCCUUUCUCCAACACUUACAAUCCGGGGUGGAAGGAUCAUCCCAACCUGAAUUACGGAGCUAAGCCCCGAUAUAAUCCACUAUACCAACCGAGACCUCUGCAACCACUACCACAACACAAGCCGAGCAUAUCUCUAGAAGCUAUCGUGGAAAGACUUGUUACCGAUGCUGCAAAAUAUCAACAGAGGACAGACGCAUCAAUACAAGAGUUAACUAAUCAAGUUAGUAAACUCUCGAUGGCAGUUAAUCGCUUAGAGUCUCAAGGUAAACUACCUUCUCAAACAGAGCUGAACCUUCGGCAGAAUGUCAGUGCAAUAACUCUUCGUAGCAGAAAGGUUCUAGAAACAGUUCCACCCAAAAAUCAUGAGCAAGAAAAGGAACGGAAAAAGCAGAUCUCGGAUCCAAUAGCAAGGCCAGAAUCGAAAGUUCAGAAACCAGUUGUGAUGCCACCUCCUUUUCCAGGGAGGCUUGCAAGGGAUAAGAAAGAGAAGGAGAAAAAAGAUAUCCUCAAUACAUUCAGGAAGGUAGAGGUAAAUAUCCCUUUACUCAACGCUAUCAAACAGAUCCCUCGUUAUGGAAAAUUCCUCAAGGAAUUGUGUACUAGCAAAAGGAGGUUAAUAGGUAACGAAAGAGUAAAUGUAGGAGAAAAUGUCUCCGCAGUGCUACAAAAGAAAGUUCCACCCAAAUACAAGGACCAAGGUAUGUUUGCUAUUCCAUGUGAGAUAGGCAAUAUAGGCAUUAAGAAAGCCAUGUGCGAUUUAGGGGCUUCCAUUAAUGUUAUGCCUUAUUCUAUUUAUAAACUGAUUAACGCGGGUCCUUUAAAAGAGACAGGAGUAAUAAUUCAGUUGGCGGACAGGACAGUCGUCUAUCCUGAAGGGCUGCUUGAAGACGUCCUUGUUAAAGUUAACGAAUUAGUUUUCCCUGCAGAUUUUUACAUUAUCGACAUGGGGGAUGACAAUUUGGCUAAUUCGUCUGACAUAAUUCUUGGGAGACCAUUCUUGAGUACUGCACGAACGAAAAUUGAUGUUUGGAAUGGGACACUUACCAUGGAAUUUGACAAUGAAAUGGUUAAGUUUAAUGUUUAUGAAGAUAUGGGACAUCCCAAUGAUAAGUCACAAAUCGUGCCUUGCAGGAAUGUAGAUCUCGAUGUUAAGCAAGAGGAAUUAUUGAUGAUCCAAAAACCAAUACGUGAAGCUGUAAUGAAGGCCUCGAAAUUAGAGUUAAAACCGUUUCCAGAACGUACAAGAAUUCCGACAGAGAAUAAUACAACCCUGAACGGAGAAGCUCAAAGGCACACCAAUCCACUAAUGAUAGGGGAAUUCAGGAAGGGCUUCAAAGAUAAUGAGCAAGGGUCGAAACUUUUCUGCAACAACAUUCAAGUGCACGAGAUGAAAAAAUUAAGUCUCAAUGAGCCAAACGGAUAA